AUGAAGAACUUCAAUCUCUUAGCCGUUUCUUCCAUCCUGUUGGUGGACUUGUUCCGCACACACUGGGGACAUAAUGUAGAUUUCUCCAAGGCCAUAAAUUUAAAUGGAGUAAGCUUCAGUAAUGUAGACGCCAGUUCACUUGGCGCAGCACAGGUAAGACAAAGUGCUAGCCGAGGCAGAGGACUUGGUGAGAACCCAAAAGAAGAGGACGGAGCUGAUAAAAAAAAAAAAAAGGACGAAAAACAAGUAGAACCAAAAAAGCCACGUGAAAAUAAGCUGAAACAACCAGUAGAAAACGCAGACGGAAACGCAGGAGGAAACGCAGGAGGAAACGCAGGAGGAAACGCAGGAGGAAACGCAGGAGGAAACGCAGACGGAAACGCAGGAGGAAACGCAGGAGGAAACGCAGGAGGAAACGCAGGAGGAAACGCAGGAGGAAACGCAGACGGAAACGCAGGAGGAAACGCAGACGGAAACGCAGGAGGAAAUGCAGACGGAAACGCUGGAGGAAACGCAGGAGGAAAUGCAGGAGGAAAUGCAGACGGAAACGCUGGAGGAAACGCAGGAGGAAACGCAGGAGGAAACGCAGGAGGAAAUGCAGGAGGAAACGCUGGAGGAAACGCAGGAGGAAAUGCAGACGGAAACGCUGGAGGAAACGCAGGAGGAAAUGCAGGAGGAAACGCAGACGGAAACGCUGGAGGAAACGCUGGAGGAAACGCAGGAGGAAACGCAGGAGGAAACGCAGGAGGAACUGCAGGAGGAAACGCAGACGGAAACGCAGGAGGAAACGCAGGAGGUAACGCGGGAGGUAACGCAGGAGGUAACGCAGGAGGUAACGCAGGAGGUAACGCAGGAGGUAACGCAGGAGGUAACGCAGGAGGUAACGCAGGAGGAAACGCAGGAGGAAACGCAGGAGGAAACGCAGGAGCCAAUGCGGGAAAUAAAAAAGCAGGAGACGCAGGAGCAGGACAGGGACAAAAUAAUGAAGCUGCGAAUAUGCCAAAUGUAAAGCUUGUGAAAGAAUACCUAGACAAAAUUAGAUCUACCAUUAGCACCGAGUGGAGUCCAUGCAGUGUAACCUGUGGAAAGGGUGUAAGAAUGAGAAAAAAAGUUAGUGCAGCUAACAAAAAACCAGAAGAGCUUGAUGUGAAUGACCUUGAGACAGAAGUUUGUACAAUGGAUAAGUGCGCUGGCAUAUUUAACGUUGUGAGUAAUUCAUUACGGUUAGUCAUAUUGUUAGUCCUAGCAUUAUUCAAUUAA